AUGGAGUCAAAGUCAAUUGGCAAAUCAGUUGCCCAAUCAAGUCCAAUAAAUUAUAAAAUUGCCAACAGUUCAUUAGAGAAUUACAAUAGUUCAUUCUCACUUGAAGCAACACCUACUAAAAAAAGGAUCAGACGUGAAUUUAUUACUGAACCCGUCAAUAUUAUCAAUGAACGUAUGAUUCCACGAGUAAUUCCACCAAUUGACUUGAUUAAUGAUGAUAUUAUUGAAGAAACCUCCAAUAACGGUAAUAAAAAUUUUACUAUAAAUGAUAACAUAUUAAAAAGUUCACCGCUUAUCUCAAAUAUUCAACCAAGUAAAUCACUCAAGAAGAAUCUUUUUAAAUCAAAAACUGUAUAUUCAAAUUCAGAUGAUAUGAUCAAAGCAAGAGAAGUGUAUAAAAAUAUUUAUAGUACAAGUAGUCCAUUAACGGAAAGUUCAAAAAUUUCCACAAAUCAAAAUAAAACUAAGGAUGAUUACUUAAUGGGUUUCCAAUAUUAUCAAGAACAAUCAAAAAGGGAUCAGGUAAAACAAGAUCAUGAUCAGAGAUCAAGUUUAACACCUACUAAAAAAAUGGAAAUAUUACAACAACCACCUAACGAUAAUGAUAAUAAUCGAAAUCAAUCUGCGCUACCUACUCCAAGAUACCGGAAUAAUAAUAAUAAUAAUAAUUUCAACAUUUUAUCAAAUAAUAAUUUCAAAUCUGAAACAACCUUAGAUGAAGAAAGAAUAAAAUUAAUGAACUACUAUGAUAAACAUCAUCAAAAUGGUCAAUUUACAAAUUAUAUAAAAAAAUCAGAUAUUUUAGAUAGUUUUGUCGAACAUAUUAUUGUUUUAAAAGUUCCUUCCAAGUUUUUGAAAACUAUUUCAAUUGAAUUUAAUCAUGAAUUUGGGUUUAUAAAACAAGAAAAAAUUAAUGGGAGUAUUAUUGAUGGAGAUAAUGAUGAUGUCGAAAUAAUUUCAAUAAAACAAAUCAAUCAGGAACAACAAAGUCAAACAAAUAAACAAAUCAAUCAAAAUCAAAAUCAAAGUGAUAAAAACAAAACUAUUCCUCAAAAUCAAAUUAAUCAAAUUACUGAAAAAAAAUUAUAUACAUCACCUAAAAAACUAGGUUGUUGGACAUGUAGGGUACGUCAUAAAAAAUGUACUAGAGAAUUACCAAAAUGUAAAGAUUGUGAUAAAUUUGAUUUAUAUUGUGAUUAUAAUGAAUCAAGACCUGAAUUUAUGAUUAAUAAAAUAUUACAGAAACAAAAAUUAAAAGAAAUUAGAAAUGCAACUGAUUUGUACAAACAAACUCAUCAACAUUAA